GGGGGGGGGAGGGGCGGGGAUAGGCGACACGGGGUGCCGGUGGCCGACGCGCUGGUGGGCAGAGCUCUGGGAGGGCUGCAGGAGGAGCAGGAGGAGCGGUGCGGGCAGAGGUGGGACGGACAGGGACGCGGACAAAGCGGCAGCUGGAGAUUGAGGCUGAGGAACUGCGUCGGCGUGAGGAAGACCUCAAGCUGCGGGAGCGGGCGCUGGCGGCUCGCGAGGCUGCACUGCCUGGCGACCGGUCGCCUAACUGGCCGCGGUGCAAGCCACUGGUCUUCCACUCGAUUGAGGAGGACAUUCCCGCCGCCGGGCAGCGGAUGGUGCGCAUGACGUACAUUGGCUGGUAUAUUCUCGUCCUUUGCUACGUCAUGAACUGGAUCUCGCUCAUUGCGGUCAUGAUCUCGAACUUUGACGGCGCGGGCAACACGGCCAUGUCAUUUGGCCUCGCCUGCAUCAUGAUGAUCAUCGGCAUCCCCAUCUCGUUUGCCGGCUGGUACCGCCCCCUGUACAAUGGCGCGCGGACAGGCAAGUCGUCGCUCUUUGUUUGGUUUUUCUUCGCCUUUUCGGUCCACAUUCUCCUCUGCUGCUUCUGGGCGCUCGGCAUUCCGUCGACCGGCUCGGCCGGCCUCAUCAUCGCCCUCACUGCCUACGGCAAGGAUGAUCCGACCUCCGGCACCCUCUGCCUCUUCACCGGCUUUGCAUGGGGCAUCUGCGCCGUCUGGUCCCUCCUCCGUAUCUACCGCGCCCACCAGUACUACCUCUCCCGCUCCAUGUCCGCCUCGUCGGCCAAGCACGAGGUGGCCACAGCAGCAGCGCGCGCCUCUGUGUAGCUAAGGCCUCUCGCCGCGAACCUGACCAUCACCUGGUACCCCCGAUGUGCAAGCGUAAAACCCACACAUCCCUCA